CAGGCACGUACUCAGGUUUUCCCGCACAUGCUCAAUGAGCCUGUUGCUGAGUAGAAAAUUUUAAACUUUUCUAGAACCUUCCCAUUCACCAAUAACCAGUUACAUGACACUCAACACCCAACCAGAGUCAGAUAGUUGUGAAAACACCCAUUUUCCCAUCAGUUCAAUAGUACAGCAACCAGCCUCACCUCUCCUGCUUCUUCUCUACCAAUCCCUCCCCCAGCUAGGGCCAGAAAGACCCUCCCAUUUCUACCUUCCUCUACUUGCCAACUUCAUAUCUAGUAUACUAUAUAUUGAUUGCUGCUAGUUAGGUGCCGAUUUCCUGGCAUAUUAAGAGAAGAACGCUUAAAUGUUUCAUCCCAAAUCCAUUUCCUAUUUAGUUUGAUUUUAUCUAUUCGCUCCCUUGAUGCUGGUCGUCCUUUCAUUCCACUUUUUCCCAGUCCUAUUAUGGACUUUUCAAGGGAAUACUUUUAAAACAGUCCUCUGUCCUCCUGUCUACUGGCAGCGUAGGAACCGAAAAAGUUACUUUCGCCUCUUUUUCUCUUCCAUCACCUGCCACCAUCGUAACAAUGGGAAACUUCGGGCGACACAGGAUGAUACCAAACCUGCAAUUCUCAUGACGUCCGAUAAGAAGCGUGCGCAGUCGCUGCCAGCCGCCUUUAAUUUCCGACGCCGAGUCGUCCGUUCUGUUGAGGCCCGCUCUAUGGUUUGGGGCCUUGGCGGAAGGAAGCGUUUUGCCCAAGAGGGAAGGUGGCAAAGGAGAUUGUUUAGGUCCGAGUGAGCUGCGGGAGAUAGCUAAGAGAAAGGGCAGAAGCCGGCCGCUAUGGGGGUGCCGAAGUUUUAUCGGUGGGUCUCGGAGCGGUAUCCUUGCCUCAGUCAGGUGGUGAAGGAGCACCAGAUUCCAGAAUUUGACAAUUUAUAUUUGGACAUGAAUGGCAUUAUUCAUCAAUGUUCACAUCCCAAUGAUGAUGAUGUUCAUUUUCGAAUCUCUGAAGAUAAGAUCUUUGCUGAUAUAUUUCACUAUUUAGAAGUUUUGUUUCGCAUUAUUAAACCAAGAAAAGUUUUUUUUAUGGCAGUUGAUGGAGUUGCUCCAAGAGCAAAAAUGAACCAGCAACGUGGCAGACGUUUUAGGUCAGCAAGGGAAGCAGAAGACAAAAUUAAGAAGGCGUUAGAAAAAGGAGAAACUCUUCCAACUGAAUCCAGAUUUGAUUCUAAUUGCAUUACACCAGGGACAGAAUUCAUGGCCAGGUUGCACGAACACCUGAAGUAUUUUGUAAAUAUGAAGAUUUCCACAGACAAAUCUUGGCAAGGCAUAACUGUCUACUUAUCAGGCCAUGAGACACCAGGAGAAGGAGAACAUAAAAUUAUGGAAUUUAUUAGAUCAGAAAAAGCAAAGCCUGACCAUGAUCCAAACACAAGGCACUGUCUCUAUGGUUUAGAUGCUGACUUGAUAAUACUUGGGCUGACAAGUCAUGAGCCACACUUCUCCCUUUUAAGAGAAGAGGUCAGGUUUGGUGGCAAAAAAUCACAAAGAGCAAGUGCCCCAGAAGAAACCACUUUUCAUCUUUUGCACUUGUCAUUAAUGAGAGAAUAUAUUGACUAUGAAUUUUCACCAGUUAAAGACAAGAUUUCGUUUCCAUAUGAAAUUGAAAGAAUAAUAGAUGACUGGAUUUUAAUGGGCUUUCUUGUUGGAAAUGAUUUUAUUCCUCAUCUACCUCAUUUUCAUAUUAACCAUGAUGCAUUGCCGCUGCUUUAUAGGACAUACAUGACUACAUUGCCUGAACUUGGAGGUUAUAUAAAUGAAAGUGGGCACCUCAACUUGCUCCGUUUUGAGAAAUAUCUUAUAAAAUUGUCAGAUUUUGAUCGUGAACACUUCAGUGAAAUCUUUGUAGAUCUAAAAUGGUUUGAAAGCAAAGUUGGUAAUAAAUAUUUAAAUGAAGCAGCCGGUAUUGCAGCUGAAGAGUCAAAAAAACAAAAAAAUCUAAAGGCUCAGGAAAAUGCUAUAUGCUUGGAUGCUUUAGAGAAAACUGACAGUGAAAAUGUAGAAGCUUCAAAAAUAGCAUUAGAAGAUGAACUGGAAGAUGAUAGCUUGUUUGAAGCAGAAUUUAGACAAUACAAACGAACAUAUUAUAUGACAAAGAUGGGCAUAGAAGUUGUUUCAGAUGACUUUCUGGCUGACCAGGCAAAAUGUUAUGUUCAAGCAAUACAGUGGAUAUUGCAUUAUUACUACCAUGGUGUUCAAUCCUGGAGCUGGUACUACCCUUUCCAUUAUGCACCUUAUCUCUCAGAUAUUUGCAAUAUCAAUGAACUUAAGAUUAAUUUAGAUUUAGGAAAACCAUUCAUGCCAUUUGAACAACUUCUUGCAGUACUGCCUGCAGCCAGCAAGGAUUUAUUACCGAAAUGUUAUCAGCAUUUAAUGACUAGUGAAGAGUCUCCCAUUAUUGAAUAUUAUCCCACAGAAUUUAAAACUGAUUUAAAUGGAAAGCAACAAGAAUGGGAAGCUGUAGUUUUAAUCCCAUUUAUUGAUGAGAAACGAUUAUUAGAAGCCAUGGAACCAUGCAACAAAUUAUUGAAAGCAGAAGAAAAGCAAAGAAAUAGACAUAGUGAAUGCCUAAUGUACUUAUAUGAUAAAGAUAAAGAAUUACAUUAUUUAUCACCAUGGCCAGAAAAGUUCCUUCCCAUAGAGAAGUGUCAUACUAGAUGUGAAGCUGUGUCUAUAGAUGCUUGGCAUGUGGAUAUAGCCGAUAAUAAAAUAACUCAAUUAGAUACCGAGAAGUUAUAUUUUCGUGGCUUUCCUACUCUAAAACACAUUAAUCACAAGUUUGGUCUGAAAAAAAGUGGGGUGCAAGUAUUUCAGCAAAGCAGUCAUGGAGAAAAUAUGAUGCUGGAAAUUAUAGCUGCAGAAGAUUCAGAGGAGUUGGGUAUAGAAAAAGUAGCCAGUUUGAUACUUGGGAAAUCAGUCUUUGUUAACUGGCCACAUCUUGAGGAAGCCAGAGCUGUUGCUGUAUCUGAUGGUGAAACUAAGUUUUACUUGGAGGAGCAUCCUGGAGCCCAAAAACUUUAUAGGGGAAAUGCUGUGCCACCAACUAAAGUAACAUUUGUUGGAGAAAAGGAAAAUAAUGUAUGGAUAAAAGAAAUCCAGGGAAUUUCAGAACACUACCAAAGAAGAAAAGGAGUAAUUAUAAAUGAAACAUCUAUAAUUGUAUAUGCCCAGUUACUAACUGGGAGUAGGUAUCAGUUAAAUCAAAAUGGUGAAGUGUAUUUUGAAAAGCAGUGGUCCAAGCAAACUCUACCUUUUGCAUACCAGACAAUUGUCAAGGAUAUAAAAACUUUUGAUUGCCAUUUCUCUAAACUAAAAACUUUGGAUGACCUAUUCCCUCUUGGAUGCACAGUUUUCAUGAUAGGAACACCUUACUAUGGCUGCACAGGAGAAAUUCAGGACUCUUCUGAUGUUAUCUCAGAUGGCAGAAUCCGUGUUGUUUUCAACAUUCCAAUUGAACCUCAGCUUGAUAGCUUAAUACAGAAUCAGCAUAAAUAUUCUGUGAAAUAUAAUCCUGCAUAUGUGUUGGCCAGUCGCCUUGGAGUGAGCAGCUAUCUAGUAUCAAGAUUUACAGGAAGCAUUUUUAUUGGAAGAGGAGCCAGGAGAAAUCCACGUGGAGACCAUAAAGCAAAUGUAGGUUUAAAUCUGAAAUUCAAUAAGAGGAAUGAAGAAGUCCCUGGCUACACUAAAAAAGUUGGAAAUGAAUGGAUGUACUCCUCUGCAGUGCAACAGUUUCUAGCUGAAUAUUUAGAAAGGGUACCAGAACUUUUUACUUACUUAGCCAAAAAUAGUCCAGAAGAUAUAUUUUAUGAAGAUGACAUUUGGCCUGGUGAAGAGGAGAAUGGUGCUGAGAAGGUUCAAGAAAUCAUGUCAUGGCUAAAGGCUCAUCCUGUCAGUACACUCUCGCGUUCAUCUUGUGAUUUGCAAAUUCUGGAUGCAGCUAUCAUUGAAAAGAUUGAAGAAGAAAUAGACAAAUGCAAGCAAAGAAAAAGUAAUAAGAAAGUGCGUGUGACAGUGAAACCUCACUUAUUAUACAGACCUUUAGAACAACAACAUGGAAUUUUACCAGAUCAAGAUGCAGAAUAUCGAUUGUUUGAUCGUGUUGUGAAUGUGAGAGAGAACUUUUCUGUUCCCCUUGGACUUCGUGGUACUGUAAUAGGAAUUAAAGGAGCUAGCAGAGAAUCUGAUGUGCUGUAUGAAGUACUGUUUGAUGAAGAAUUUCAUGGAGGUUUGACAAUAAGGAGUUCACCUUCCAGAGGAUACCGUGUACCAGCUUGUGCCUUAAUUAACAUCUCUUAUGGCUAUCGAACUGAAACAGGAAGUCAGAAGUUAACAGCCAUAGUUAAGCCACAGCCAGCUGUGAGUUCCUGCAACUCAUAUUUAUCUGAAUCCUUUUCUGUAUCUUCCCAAAAAGCACAUCUAGGAGGCCUCAAUCAUUCUCCUCGUUCUCUCUUUGUUCCAACUCAACAAUUGAAUGGAAGACAGCAUAAUAGUAUCAAAGCAGAAAAGCAGGGCAAUUCCAGUUCUCAGAAUAAAGUAACCUAUACAAGUAACCAUCAGAAAUGUAAACAAGCUCACAAUAAAAAAGAUGAUGAAUUUUGCAAUAUUUGGCAAUCAUUGCAGAACCCUGGAAAGUCUCAGCCUUCCCUACAAAAUAAGGAUGAUAUGGAUGAAGUUUUUUUACCUCAAUAUGUAAAAUUCAGUACCAAUAGUAGGUCCUGCAAACCAGGUUUCAAUGAGAAUAGCUUUAAAAGCCAGCAAAAAGCCCAGGACUCAUUUAGAAAAUUUCCAGCCAAAGAAGAUUCUAAAGAGCCAAGAAAUGAAGGUCAAAUACAAAAAAUAUCCAACAAACUGAAUUUUGCAGAUGUAAGUAAGAGUAGUGUAAAACUUCUGAAGAGAAAUGAAGGCUCAAAUACACAAAUAGAACAAAAAUCUGCAGUUCGUGAUCCCAGUAUAACUGCAAAGAAUGGGUCAGAACUUGGAGAUAUUUUGGCAACUUUAAAAAUUUUCAAAGAAAAGGAACAAUCACCUGAUUCCACGGAGCCAACAAAUGAAGAUCAUUUAUCUCCCCAGUCUUUUGCCAUGAAAGGAACACAGAUGCUCAAAGAAAUUUUGAAGAUAGAUGCUUCUGCCGCUCCAGAAAGAAAGACUAAUGAAAUUUCACCUUCCACUUGUAAACAGGAUUCUUUUGAACCUGCAUCACAAUGUAGACACCCCCAAAAGAUAGUGGAUUUCAUGAAUAAAUCUAAUAUUGGAGGGUCACAAAACAUUCAGGCCAUGGGAAAAGGAAGCCAUCCUCUCCUUGGAACAGUAUCUACUGCUGUGUCUGAACUUUCUCGUAUCUGUUCCCUUGUUGGAAUGUUGCAACCAGAUUUCUCAUUCCUUAGAACCCCACAGACAAUGACAGUUUGUCAAGUGAAGUUAUCCAAUGGCUUAUUAGUGCAUGGACCUCAGUGCCAUUCUCAAAAUGAGGCCAAGGAGAAAGCAGCAUUUUUUGCUUUACAACAGUUGAGCUCUAUUGGGAUUAAUUUUCCACUGUCACCACAGCAACCAUUGCCACACCCGCCAAUGUUUCCAAAUUAUCAACCACUGGGAAAUCUUAUGGCACCUAGAUCUAUCCCUCCAGUUUUCAGUCAACAACAAACUGCUAAUAUAUUUCCUUCAUCAUUUCCUGCCUUUGGCUCAGUGCAGUGGGGAACACCAAUGCCAGUUCACAACAAAUCUUAUUACUCAGGUUCAUAUCCUGGAAAUGCCUAUCCUGCAGAUAUACCAGUUGGUACACAUAACCAAUUUAUACCAUUGCAGGUAACUAAAAAAACAGCUGCAAACAAAAUAAAUUUUGAGUCUAAGGAGUUCCAAGCUUCUCUUCAGGAUGCACAGUUGAAGAAUGAUCAGUCAAUAUCUGACACCACAAAACUGAAUUCACCAGAUACUUCCUCAGAUCCUUUAAGACCCUCUCAAACUGUUCAGUCUGCAGCAUCUUUUCAAGAAAAAAUGGCAUCUCCAAAUUCAAGGGUACCUCAUAAAAAGUCAACACCAAAUGUUUCUAGCAAACGAAAACCCAGAAAAUUGGCUGUCAAUUUUGGUGCAUCGAAAUCUUCAGAAUAAGUAUGGUAUACAGAAUACUUACCUUUCUAUUGUAUUAUACGAAUAAAUACAAUUUUAAAUUUUAAUUCUAAUCCAAAUUAUGCUUUUAAUUAAUAUUUUCUGGUAGUUGCAUUAUUUUUAAUACUAAUUAUGCUCAUUAAAGAACUUUAUUUAGUUGAUAAAAUUAAGGUAGUUACACUCGCCAUCUUGCCUAAUUUUCUUUUUUUUUAAUGGCUUUUUAAACAUUAACACAAGAGAGCAGCAAUAAUAUUGAUAGUGCUAGAAUUGCUUUUUUAAAACUGGAAGUGAGUCUGAAAGAAUUAUUCCAGAUGAUUUGUCUCCUUUUUAAAGAUUACAUAACUUCUACAAACUAUUUAUAUGUAACCAUUAUUUUAUUUCUGUAUGAUUCUUUUACUCUGAUACAGUGUGAAUAGAUUUUAACUAUUGUGGCACUGCCAACUUUAAAUAAAAUUAUAUCUAGGAAUUAUACCAAAGCAAUGUAACAACUUAAACAUGUCCUAAAAUUAUUGUACAGGUAGUCCUCAAUGUAUGACAGUUAGGACCAGAACUUCUGUCACUAAGUGAUGUGGUCAUAAAGUAAAAUGUAAUUGACUACAUUGCUUGAUGACUGCAAUCCCAGCAGUCCUUGUUCUGUCAUUAAUCAAGAACUAUGAAUCAUUAAGCGAGUACCCAUCCUAGUCCAAACCAUCCCGGUCUCUGUCCCUCCCAGCCAAAGUCCCCAUAAGGUAACUGGACUGUCUCCAGUUCCCACCCACCCACCUAUCUCAUACCCAGUUCCUGCCCUUUGGCCGCCCUGCACUCUACCUUGUGGGGUAGCAAGCAGUCCCAGAACAGCAGGACUGUGCGACUGUGUGACAACCAUGGGAAGCUCAGCCCAGUCCUAGUUAACCUCACCACCCUGCAGUGGGAGACCCUUGACACCCUGUGCUCUGCAACCCCCCACUGACCUUCACCAUUUUCUUGCUCCUACUGCCAAUGAGGUAUGCCUAACCUGGCUGCUUGGCUGGGCAGGACUUCAACUGUGUGGGGCGGGGGGAAGGCUCAAGGCAGCCGCUUUGCAAAAAGCUUCUCAGCAAAGCUGAGAGGAGGGUUGGAACGGUAAGCUCAUUCCUUCCAGAAGCUCUUUACAAGGGGUUGCUUUGAGGAUUUUUUUUCUUUUAGGAACACAAAUCUCAUCCCUACCCAGAAGCUGGUUACAAAAUCUUUGGGUUUUAUUUUUCCACAUCUGAAGCCUAGUCCACUGACGAGGCCAGGCAUGUCUCAUCAGCACUGGGAGGAAGAAGACAGUGAAAGUCAGCUAAGGCAGUGGAGCACAGGGUGUCAGGGUUCCAAAAAGGCUCAGAUGGGGCCCAGGUGAGGAUGAGUUGAAACACCCCUGCAGUCAUAAAUGUAGGCAGACUGCCAAGCACUCAAAAUUUGAUCACACAACCAUAGAUAGGGGUGCUGCAACAGCUGUAAGUCCAGGCAUGGGUCGUAAGUCUCUUCGUUCAACGCCAUCAUAUCUUUGAACAGUCACUAAUGAAUGGGGGUUAAAGACUGCCUGUAAAUAAAUGUCUUUAACUAAAUGGCACCAUGUUCCAGCAAAUAAGGUAUACAAUUUAUUGAUCUGAUUUAUCCUAAACAUAAAGAUUAUUUCUGCACAUUGCUCAGUAAUCCUAUACAUUUGGAUGUGGCAUACAACAUGAGCUCUGAACCUAUCCUUAUUGAGGAAAAUGAACUCUACAAUUUGGCAAAGGUUUUUUUUAUAGGAUAAAAAUGUUAUAUGAUUUCCUAAAAAAAAUAAUUGACAGUCCUAACUCAUACUUAGACACACCACAAAUCUUUUUGUUCUAUUUUUCAUCUGCAGUAUAUUUUGGGAGAAAUAAAACAUGAAUCAGCAUGAUACUGUUUUAUUACUAACUUUUGAAACAUUCAGAAUGUUUUUUUUUAUUGGAAGCAGCAGUAGCAUUAUAUGAAUGACUAUGAUCAUUUUCAAAUAACACAUUUCUCAUGCUAGAGUAAUCUCACUAUAAGAAAAUACCCUAAAUAAUGCUGUCAAUAUAUUAUCUCCACAUACUUGCAUCCAAGUCGUGUCCAUGUUGAUCCAAGACUGCUUUUUUAACAUGCACAUUUUCAUGCAAAAAGUACAUUGCUACAUCAUAGCAUGGGAAGUAAAACUUUCAAUUUAAAUGAACUAUACUUUGCCUUGAAUUAUGUUUAACAGAGAAUACUUACUUAAUGCUGGCAUUUGGUUUUAAAUCCAUAGUAGUUGAGGAAUCAGCCUAUUAUUUUUCUGAGUAUAAGUUAAUUUGGGCUUUGGUAAGAGGUAUGGUCUGGUUACAGAUCUCCAUGGAAGACAACCACUUUUAUUUGCCAGUGUGACUGAAGGCUGAGUUGCAUUUUGUUUACAUGUUUAGGAAUAUAAACAUCCUUACUCUAAGCCCUGUGUCAAAAUCUAUAAAUUGUGUGUUAGCCACUAAAGGAAAAGUUGGCUAACUUAGAACCAGCAAAAAUAUGCAAUUUUUCCUAUUCUAUUUUUAUUUCUGCAUUUUAAUGCAAAUUGUCACUUACUUUCAAUGAUUUUAUUCAUAUAUCUACAUUACAUCUGUUCCAUUUUUAUUUUCUUAUGAAUCAGCUAGAUCAGUAUUAGUUUCCAUAUAAGGUGCCCUUUUUUUAUGUUGUAAGACAUAAAUAAUUGGCUUAAGACCUCUUAGAGUGUAUUUUGUAAAUACUGGAUUUUUUUCACAAAUCUUGUAAAAAGCGGUAUUUUAUUAAAAUCUUAAAGGGAAAAUUUUAUAAUUUCCUUUCUAGAAAACAUUUUAUCUACCUAACAAAUGAGAUUGAUAAAUUGGCAUGAAUGUCAAGUGUAUUUUUGUGUAUAGUGUGUGUAUGUCAGAAUUCUAUCAUAUAUAAAAUAUUGUGCAGAGGUAUUUUAAAAUGAAAAUUUAUAAUGUACAAUGAAAGAUUAACGUGAAAUACCAUGGAGAAAUUUAAUACAAUAAUUUUAUAUAAGAUUUGAUUUUGUCUACUUGUAUUAAAAUGUAAUUAUUUAAUGGUUGGCUAGGCUUUAUGGUAGCCAAAUGAUAACAUGUAUUAAUUUAAGGGAUUUUUUUUACAUAUGUUGACAUCAGGAUCAUUAAAAUUGAACUAUAAAAAUUAAUAUAGGCAGUUAUAAUCCAAUUCUGAAUACAGGGUAAAUAUGAAAUGAAGAGGAAUAAAAAAAUAUAUAAAUGAAAUUCCUAGUCAAAAUACAAUUAAUAUUAUAUCCUAAUUUUAAACAAAUUAAGUUUGAAGCAGUCCCAAAAAGCCAAAUCUGAUGAGCUAUAUUCACAUUUAUCUCUAUGUUGUUUGAAUAAUUUGCUGUCCAAAUAUAGAUAUACCAGUUGAUUCAAACUUGUUUUGCAUUUCUAGUUGUCCAAUGCAUCACCUUUCUUUUGAUGGUACAAAGAAGAUAUAAAAAGAUUCUUAGCAUUAAAUGAUUUUGCCUAGAAA